AUGAAACUGCUGCGUUGCAUUAUAUUGUUUUUCUUAUCGACAAUUUUGAAUAAACUUUCCAUUUUGCCUAUCCAACGUGUACACUGUUUAGGAGACAAAGAUUAUAAAAAUGAUAUAAGUAGAUAUUUAAACCGAGGGUUUAGUAGAAUCGAAUUGGAUCAUUAUCUGUCUGAAACAGCACAGUUAUUCGAAUGGUCUUUUGAUCAGUAUAUGAAGUAUGGGUACCCAUUCGAUGAAGUUUUGCCAAUGAGUUGCAAACCCAAGACAAGGAAUUACAAGGAUGCUAGUGAUACCGUGACGAAUGACGUAUUGGGAAAUUUUUCAAUAACAUUAAUUGAUUCACUAACCACUUUUGCAGUUAUGGGUAAUCGAGAAGGCUUCCAUAAGUAUGUUGACUUAGUUGAUGAAGUAGUACCGAUUGAUUUUUCUGAAGUUGACAGUACCAUUCAAGCAUUUGAAAUUACCAUUAGAGUUAUCGGUGCGUUUCUUAGUGCUCAUUUGUACGCCACAGACCCUAGUAAGAAAGUUUUUUAUCCGAGUUAUAACGGGCAUUUAUUAACCAGAGCUAAAAACUUAGCAGAUAGAAUAUUGCCAAUAUAUUUAACACCGUCCAACUUACCAUUGCCCAGGAUUAAUUUAAAAAGUGGUGUACAAAAAUUGAGUUUAGAAUCACCAGAAUUACUAAUAGAAAACAAUCCUGUUGCAAUGGCAUGCCCUAUGUUUGAAUUUACUUUAUUAUCUUAUUUAACAUUAGAUUCGAAAUAUGAGUUAAUAACGAGAUAUGCCUUUAAUAAGACGUGGGAAUUAAGAACCAGAGUGAAUCUAUUAGCAUCUUCAUUUGAUCCAGUUAGCAUGUCCAUGAACCUACCAUACACAGGGAUUGGUGCAUCGAUUGAUUCCUUUUACGAAUAUGCUUUGAAAGGCUCAAUUCUAUUUGAUGACGACCAUCUAUAUCAAGUUUGGAAAGACAGUUUUAACGGGUUACAAAAUUAUUCUGAAUAUUUGUGGUGGUACAAUAACAUCAAUGUUAUCAAUGGAGGUGCCUCUUAUAUUUCAUGGAUCGAUUCCCUAAGUGCAUUUUUCCCCGGAUUAUUAGUUUUAGAUGGUCAAAUAGAUAAUGCUGUAUUGAAAAAUUUGUUUUUCACUAAAUUAUGGAAUUAUUAUGGAAGUAUUCCUGAAAGAUGGGUUUCCGAGCACAGGAAUUAUUAUUAUUAUUAUCAAGAUGACGAUGAUGGAGUUAGUAAUGCAACAAAAAAAAAACAACGGGGCUUAACCAUAAACGAUACAAUUGCAUUAGAAUGGUAUCCUUUGAGGCCAGAAUUAGUGGAAAGUACCUAUUUUCUUUACAGAGCCACAAAGGAUCCAAUAUACCUGAACAUAGGUGUAGAAAUAUUAGAGAGUUUGAAAACCAGAUUCAAGUGUGAAUGUGGCUUAUGCGGUUUGCAAGAUAUAGUCACUGGAGAGAGACAAGAUAGAAUGGAAAGUUUUGUUUUAGGUGAAACAUUAAAAUAUCUAUUUUUACUAUUUGAUGAAAAUAAUGAAAUACAUACCAAUUGUAAGAAUAAUAAUAUCCUAUUUAGUACAGAGGCGCAUCCAUUUUGGUUGGACAGUAAAGUUAAGAAGAAUUAUGAAAAAAAAAAAUAUUUGGAUUCUUCUGGAAUAUAUAAAUCUUUAUGUAAUAAAAUAAUAAAAGAAAGAGCAGGAUUAGACAAGGCAUCUUCUACUUUUGUUAAGGGUAGAAAGGAAUCGGUUCUGGAAAGAAUAUCGAGUAAACUAAGAUUUAAUAAGGUGGAUAGAAAGGAUGAUGAUAUCUCUGUUUUAACAGAAGCAAACGGUAACAGUGAAGGAAAUGGUACUGAAUCUUCUUCAAUUCAAGAUUCCAACUCAUAUGGAUCGUGUGAAGUAUACCAUGGCAAUGGAGACAUGAGUCUUUUGAGUUCUGAUUUGUUGAACAAUAAUAGUAUAAUGUUUGAGGUAGAUCGAAAGUAUUCUAGUGUUAUGAUUUCACCUGAUUACUGGCAUAAUGAACCGAUGGAGUUGAACAAAAAUUUUUACUGGAAGCAUAUUAACCGUGAGGGUGCCCAAUGUUUUAAAUAUUAUGAACCGUUGGAUAGCAUAAUGGAAACUGUUUUAGGUAGAUAUAGACAAUACUCUUUUGAUAAUAAAAUAUCAGAUGAAUUGUACAGGUCUAUAAUUGGUUCUAAAGUUUCCUUGGUGCCAUAUAAGGAUAUAAGCAUUGAGGAUUACCCAAGAUAUAUUAAGUAUCUAAACGGUAGUGAUACAUGCCUAAAAAAUGGUGGCAGUAACAUUAUUGGUGAUGGUGUGUUGACUUUAGUUAAAUUGGUAAAAAUUGAUGACACUUAUUAUUACACAAAUAAUAGGAAUAAGACACAAAUUGAUUUAGAGGAGGAUGUACCGAUAAUCCGGAUUGUAGAGGAAGAUAUGAUGAAAAAGGAAUCUACAUUUAAGGAUUACAUCCAUUAUUAUUAUUAUAAGGAUUUAUUUUUCAACAACAUAAUGAAAAAUAAUCUUUUGCUGAUGGGACCAUCGAAGCGUAAUGAUGGUGAACGACAAAAGUUUGAUAUAUAUGAUCGGAAUAUAAGAGAAUUGCAAGAAAUAUUCAGUAAAAAUAAUAAUAAUCAAAUGAUAAUAGAAUGCAAGUUUAUUGUUACUAAUGUUGAGUUUGUCUGA